AUAGAUGGCGCUCUUCAAGUAACUAUUUUCGUACAAAUGAGAACAAUUUAACCUGUAAAAAAAGUUAAUAUUUUAAAUAUAAUACUGUGUCGUUUGAUGACGUUUACUUAUAUUAUUAUUUAUUACAUAUUAAAAUUAUGUCAACAUUUACAUUUGGAACGCCUGCAACUUCAAGCAACACAAAUUUUGGAUUUGGACAAAAACCUACAACAGGCUUUAAUUUAACUAGUACACCUUUUGGUUCAAGUACUUCAGCACCAACAUUAACUUUUGGAACUUCUUCUACACCAACAACAACUACUGGUCUUAGUUUUGGAUUUAAUACUGCACCUGCAACUUCUGCACAAACACAAUCAAGUGGUUUACUUUUAGGAUCAAAUGUAACUACUACAACAACUACAGCUGGUUUAUUUCCAGUUCCAACUACAUCUGCACCAUUAUUUGGUAGUCUUACUUUUGGUACACCAGCAGCAAGUACUACUUUAACAUUUGGUGCUCCAUCUGCAACAUCUACAACUGGAAAUGUUACCUUUGGUAUACCUAGUAUUACAACAUCAUUAUUUGGUAAUAGCAGUUUAUUGGGAUCAAAACUAGCUACUGGUACUAUAACUACCACAAGUAUUAUAAAUAAAGGAUUAGGUGGAAUAGAUAUAUCCCUGAGUAAUAAGGGACUUUCACAAGAAAAUACUAAUCAAACUGUUAAAGAAAAUAUUUGGCCACCAGAAUUAUUACAGACAAUAGAAAAGUUCAAAGAAUUUGUAAAAGAGCAGAAAGUACUAUCUUCAGAUAUAGCAAGAGGUUCUGCAAGACCAUUGAAUCGAUGUGCAGAAGAUACAGCAUCAUUGAUGGAACUUCUAACAACAUUAGCUGGAUCUGUUCAACGAGAUCGUUCUGUUGCUGAUAAAUUAAAACAAGAUACUGCAAAAGCAUUACAAAAUGCUGAAAUAGCUCAAAGAACACAUGAUACUCCAUCAGGAUUACAAUAUGAAAAUAAUGCACCAUUAUUAUUUUUUAUGGAAUUAGCUGAUAGUUUUGAACACGAUUUAAUGUUAUUUAGAUCUCAAAUUGAAACAACAGAAAAACAUAUACAAACAAUGAUGACUCCAAAAACUUUAACACCACAAGAAUUGACAAUGGCAAUGAGUAAACUUCAUGAGUCUCUUGUAGCUGUUGCUGGUAAAUUACAAGGUGUACAUUCAAAAGUACAGCAACAAAAAGAACAAUAUUUAAACUUUAGAAAAUAUGUUUUAAAAGAUAAUACCAAUGUUUUUGAAGAUAUUAAAAUAGAUGGAAAAACAUCACGAAAUAGUAUUGGAAAAAUACCAGGUCCUACUCCAUUUGGUCCGGGAAAUAAAAAUUUUCUUUCAUCAACAGCAUUAAAUUCUAAUAGACCAGGAAGUUAUGAAACACGAAAUCCAUUAGUUUGGGGAAAUACAAUAUCAACAUCAUGUGCUACUAACAUUACUCUAAGUUCAUCAUUGAAACCACCAACAACAAGUUUGACCUUUAAUACUCCAUCAAAUUUUACUACACCUUUACCAACGAGUGAAUCUAAUUCAAAUUUUCAACUUCAGAAACCUCCUAUUGGUAAUAAAAGAGGAAAACAUUAAAUCAGAUUUAUGUUUAUAGUUAUUUAUUGUAUUAAGUAUAUUUAAUAUAUGAUUAUAAAUAUUUUGUUUUAGUUUUUAUUAUGAAAUAAUAUUAAAAUUCUGUUUAUUUUAAUAUCAUUUUUUUUAAUAAUAUUAUAUUUAUUGUAUUAAAUAUGCUUAACAUAUUACAUUUUUUUGUAAUGAUAUAAACUUGAUCAAAACUUCCAA